UCGUUGCAAAGUUCUGCAAGUCAAUUUGCAAGUAUUUGACUACGUCACGAAGUAAAAGCAAUUGAAAAGAAAAUUUAUAACUUAAUUAACUGCUGUUUCUAUGUAAUGGAGAAUUUUAGCUAUCGCCAGUAAUUAGAAUCGCAUUAUAUUCAACUUCUGUGUUGAAAUCAUAGCUCAGAAUGUUUCCCUGACCAUUGUUGUAAAAUAAACAGGACCAUCAGAAUGUCAAAACAGUUGGUCGAAGAAGAAAUCCUGACGCAGGAGUUCAUUGUAGGACCAGAAACACGACAGAAAUCAUUGUACAAAAAUAAAAUAUUCAAUGCAAAAACAUUAACAUUUCAAGAACCAUCGGAUGAUGACAUUAUCAUUGAAGAUGAUAUUGAGAACACUUCAUUCAAAUCUGAUAAAAAACUCAAUGGUGUUAAUAGUGUGCACGGCAAUGUGUCGAAUAAAGAAGACAUAUACGAAUCAUAUGUAACCGAGGAGGCGAAUUCAAAUGAUUUUAAUCUUGAAGCCAAAUCAGCAUAUCCUUCUCAAUACCAAAAUGGAGAUGGUAUAAAAAAUCUAAACACGUCAGUACAAUUUAAUCCAUUGUUUAAUAAAAACGUGAUGAAUGCAGAAGAAGUAAUAGAAUUGUCCGAUGACGAAGAAGUCUUUACGUUUGAUGGAGAAUCUAACGAAGACGUAUUCCAGUUUAAUGGAAACUACGAAGAAAAUACUUCAACGCAUGAAGAUUGGGCGGUAUAUAAUAAUACAACUAAAGAAACGGCUGAGGUACAUUCUCCGGUUAACAAAACGCAAUUGCAUGUUUCAAGCGAUAAAUCUGUAUUCAGUGAAACAGUUGAUCUGGAUGACCAUAACAUGCAGAUAGACUUUAUGAACCGAAGUUUAUCCAACAAAGAAGAAGUGAUUGAAUCUCUAAUGCAAGCUUUGGAUGAAGAAGAAAAGCAGAGCAGGAGGUUGGAACAACAAAUAGAAGAACUGAAACAGAGAAACAAAGAGCUGGUUCUACAUUCUGAAAAUCAAGAGAUUGAUCUAAAAGAAUAUGGAAAGGCCCUUCUUGAGAAAGACAAGGAGAUACACUCAUUAGAAGAAGUAUUGAAAAGUGAACGGAAAUUAAAAAAGAUGCUUAAUCAUUCUCAAAAUGAAUUGAGAAAGACCUCCUUAGAAGAAAGAGAAGAAUUAGUACAGAAAAUACAAGUAAUGGAGAGAAAGAUCUCUGAACUAAAAAAGCAGCUGAGAAAAGAUAAAAUUCAAAACUAUAAAGGGUCCAUAUCAAGACCUGUUUUAGAAACAUGCUGUGGUAAUAAUGACCCUGUGAUGAAUAAUCCAGAAACUGUUGAUGAAUCGUCAAAAGCGACUAACAUUGAACUCGCUAAAAGCGAUUUAGGUGACUUUACCAAGCAAGAGCUAAUCGAAGCUGUCAUUAAAUUAGUAAUGGAAUGUGACUCACAAAAAUCAGAAUUACGAAAAAGCAAGGACGAGAAUAUUAUUUAUAUAGAUGAACUUCGCAAAGAGAUAAUAAAACUGAAAGAAGAUUUUGCUGAAGUGGAGAAUGAAAAUAGAAUCCUGGAAAUAGAAAUUUCAAACUUGAAUAAUAAUAUCAGAGAGAGUAAUAAAUCAACCGAAGACAAUAAAUUAAGCACAAAUAUAAAAAAUGUCUCGCAGAAUGUACAGACCUUAAUCACUAAACUUGAUAAUUCAUCGAAAUUGAAAAAAGGAAUGAUUAAUGUAGAUCCACAUGAAAUAAACACUGAUGUAGUUGAUGGAACAAAGUCCAAAUCUGCAGAGGAAAUGUUAGACAGAAAGCGUAGUAAGGAAAGAGAUAUAGAGUCGAAUAUCGUAAGAAAACAAAAUCUUUCAGAACCUUCAGCUACACAAAUGUGUGAUCAAAUGGAAAAAGCAAAAACAACAGAUGAUUCAAGUGCUACCGAAAAUGCAAUUGAUUUGAGUAUUCGCUCCCAAUUAAGCAAUUCUGGAUUUUCUCCAAGAACGAGCUAUUUGUUGCAACUGGAGCAAGAACAAAACAUUGAGUUAAACGAGAAGUUGAAGGAAGCGUUAAGACUUUAUGAUGAGAUGUUUGAUCAAGUUGAAAGUUUGAAAACACAAACUGAAAAAUUUCAAGAAGAAAAUCUCCAAUUAAAAAGCGAUUUGCAAGCAUUUGUUUUGGCGAUAGAAUGUAUUGAAUCAAGUAAAAAUCAGCAUGAUGUUGAUUUGAAAGACAAGUUGCUGGUUGUUCAAGAAAACCAAGUAAAAUUUUUAUCUGACAUUCAGCAUUGCGAACGGUGUAAAUUACUUACAAGCCAGGUAAGAGAUUCUCUGUUUCAUCUUGAUCAUUUGUUGCAGAAGACAUGUGGAAUUUAUGAUGGAGAAGAAGAUAGUGCGGCGACUGAAACCUCUCAAAAUUUAAAAACUAUAUCAAGAAGGAAGCCUACAGAAAGUAUAGACGUUAACAAAAACAUUAAAGCUGAAAGCAAAAACACAGCACAAAAACAAUCUUCUCAAGUCAAGCAAACAAAACAGGUACUUAGCAAUAAUUUCAGUGAUAUGACCCACACACAACCAGAUGCUAUAGUGUUAAAAGCCACAGGCACAAAAACAGACCCAGUGCCAAAUAAAAUUUCCUUAAAGAAGAAAAGCCUUAAAUGGAAAGCAGAAGCAGACGAUUUUUUUUGUUCAGAUGACUAUAGCAAUAUAAUUGAUGAGCUGGAACAAAAGUAUAUCUUGCAUUUACAAACAAAUCAACCACAAGACAAGUCGAAAUAUUCCAAGACUAUAUCAACUGUUAGGCAAAUGCCAAAAGAUGACUGUUUUCGAUUUGGCUGUUAUAUCUUCGUAGCUUUAAUGCUCUACAGCAUUUACUUAAUCGGAAUUUUUGUAUCUGCAAUACAAGUGCCGUUACUGUUGUUCCUGGCCUCUGUUGUGAUAGCCUUGGUGUUGAGCGAUCGAAAAGAGCUUGAAAACCUAUUAUUACAAGCUAUUAAUGACCUUGAAUUCCUCGGUAUUGAAAAACAGGAAAUUGAGAAGAAUUCUGAUCGCCAUGGAGAAUUUUCAGAGUUAUACUCUAUUAUUGAAAAACAGGAAGAUGUGUUGGAAAAACAGAAUGCCGCCUUAAGUGCAUACGAAAAACAAUUGAAACGUGAAAAAAAGAAAAGAAAGAAAUAUGAACAAGCUAAUAAUAAGAGAAGCGAAGAAGAACUAAUAAUUGAAAAAGAACAAAUUAAAUCAGAUAAAACAAGUUUAAUCCGGGAAGAUGACAUAACACUAAAGGAAAAUCUGCAAGAAUAUUUGUUACAGAAUCAGUAUAUUGUAUUUACAUUGUCUUUACUUUACGUUACUAUCAUACUCACCUACAUUUACACAAAUGCAUCGGCAGCUCUGACACUACCAGCUGUACUAAUGGCAUUGCUUUUAGCUUUUAUUUUAUAUAACUAUAAUGAAACGACUCUGCUUGACACUUCAAUGGAAGAUAAAGAUUCAUUUGCCAUUUCAUUUGCUAUUACCAUAGUCAUAUUGUUAGUUUUGAGUGUCACCGCUGAAAGCAACAGUUUUUUGAUGUUGAUAUUUAAAGUAACACUUAGCCUGUGUUCUGGUAUUGCUUCGUUUUUUUGUUUAAAACUGCAUACCUAUAAAAUGGUGUUAGAAGAGAAACUUUGCUAUGAAUGGAUGCGAAGUGAGGAAUUGAAUACUUGUUUAAAGGAAACGAAGGAAGAAUUGUAUUUUAAAACGACAAUGUCUACUUUGAAAGAAUCGACAGAGGUACUGAACAAUGUCCCUGUGUUGAAACGUGAUGAUAUAGACUCUAUUUCCGUUCUUAUAGAUCAGUUAGACGAAGAGAAGAAGAAAAAUAAGGAAACACACCAAGAAUUAAAAUCAACCACAGAAGAUAUAAUUAGAGCAAUUAGUUUAUUGAAAGUUUUAGAUGAAAAAUUUAAGGCCGUAGCCGAAGAGGCACUUUUGUGUAAAAAAGGAAAUUCUACCUUAAAAAAAGAAUUAUUAAACGAGCAAGUUAAGACAAUUGUACUAGAAGAAUCUUUCAAGAUAAAAACCAAAGAAAAUCAGAACAUUGACCAAAUCGACAAUACAGUCAACACAAUCCAAAAAGUUAAACCGAGUAGUUCUGGAUUAGAAACUGACGAGUUUAAAAUUUCAAAUACAACGCAUGUUGGCAAAAAAGCAUUCUGUGAGGAUAAUCCAGCAUGUAAAGGUGACGAGGAAAGGGAAUUGUUAACCUAUGAUGUAGUAAUGAACGACAGUGCAAACAGACAUAAUUACGAAUCACACAAGUCAAAUUUCACCGAAAUGUCAUCAUACAGUGACUCUGCUGACACAGAUGGGCAAUAUUCAGAUGUUUUCACCCCAGAAUUCUCAAAUGGAAAUGGACAAAAUGGCGAUGUCGCUACAAAAACAGAAACAGAAAAUGUUAUAAAGGAGGAAGACUAUACAGCAUCAAAAUCAACACAACACUUCUCUUUUAAGGAGAUAAAUUGCAUCGACGGAUGUAGCGAGACUAAAGAAGAAAUGGACGGCACGUACAGUUUGGAUCUGGAAUUGCAGAAUCAACUUGAAGAAGAAGCUGUAGUUGAAAAUGAAUUCGAAGCAAUGCUGUCGAAAGUUAUUGACGUCCAGCAGAGUGUUAAUAAUGAAGUCAAGGAUUUACAAAUCUAUUAUGAGCGAGAUCAACAAGAAAAAUUAUUGUUACAACAACAGGUAGUGCAAUUAAGUAGCAGAAUGACAAGUAUGAAGCAUAGCUUGGAAGCUGAAAGACAACUGCAAUGUAUAUCCAGUAUGGAAGUAACCAAUACCAUUGAUCAUACAGAACUAAAUCAAGGAGAUGACAAAGAAAUGAACGCCAAUCAAUUAGAUGCAGUAUCGAGUAAUAAAAAGUAUCAAUCAUUGAUCAAUUGCUACAUUGGUAAUAUUGAGGAGUUAGAAGGAAGACUGCAAAACGAAAAACGUAUCCGGAAAAAGUUAAUUAAAGAUUAUGAAAAGGAACUAGAUAUAUUAGAGAAAGUGCUAAUACGUAAAUAUAAAGACAUGGACGCUUACAUAAAAAAAAUUGAUCAAUGCUUCAAGGAGGGGAAUUUUGAAAAAUUUGAGCAGUUAAAAUUUACUGCUGCCAAUGUUAUGGAUGAUAAAGAAAAUCGCGACACCGCUGACGUGGAGAAAGAAACGUUAGAUAAGAAGGAUCUCACGGAACAGUCUGUGCUACCUUCUUUGGAUUGUCAGCAACUUGAAAUAGAAAAAGAAAAACAGUUUGGUAAGAUUCAGAGAUUGAAGAGUCAAUUUAAUACAUCACUAAGCGAAAAAAAUUGGUUGAAGAAGUCUGAUUUAUCACAACAGGAGCUAAACAUCCCAUACAUAAUUUCUAGAAGUUCAGAAGGGUAUGGCAGAUGUGAAGACAUCAACUGUGAGAAGAUUGUUCCUGUUAGCACAAAAAACGAAAACAAUAGUUGGAUUGCUAUUGAGUAUGAAGCGCCAAUACUGGCUAAAUCCUACAAAUUGCGUCAUGGUUGGAAAAAUGGCAAUAAUAGCCUACGCCAUUGGGUGAUCGAGGGAAGUAAUGACAAGCACACGUGGACAUUGCUGGAUGUCCACGUCAAUGACUGUUCUCUUGAUGGAAGAUAUAGUGCCCAUACAUGGGAUUUAGAAGACAACAUGGUGCAAUUUAAAAUAUAUCGACUUCGAAUGACGUCAUUGAACUCAUCUGGCACUAAGGAAUUAUACAUAAACGCAUUUGAAAUAUAUGGUGUUUAACUAAGUGUAGUCAUGAUAGCGUUAUUUUUGUCGUGUUUCCUACGCUACGUGCCUAUAUUAUAAUGAUUUCACAGAUUUAAAAGUUAUAGAGUUAGCACGUCAGUCUAAGCAAAGAUGAUUUUCUAAUAAUAGAAAUAAUAUUAGUCGUCGUAAUCACGUAAUCAGUCACGUGAUACCCAUGCAACAUGUGUGUGGCAAUGAUAAAGUAUCAAGUUUUUAGUUAAAAAAGUACAAUUUAUUGUCUUUAUCAUGAAAAAUAAAUAUAUCAAUUUUACCCCUA